AUGGCCUCCAGCAGUGAUGACAAUUAUCAUCUGGUGUUUCCUUGGCAACUGAGGUAUGUGAAAAAGAACUGGGAAAUAACGAAACAAUUUAAGAUUUUGAUUCUUACUUUAAAACGUUUGGAUUCGGAAUAUAUAAAAGAUUUGGAAUAUUGUUUAGAAAGGUGUUUACUGAAUGAUGUCCGUAUCAGAGAAAGUUUUAAAGAUCCUGCUCAACUGCAUAAAGUACUUCGAGCAAUCAAGAAUAAUAAGUUAGUUAAUGAGGACAAUCGAAUACAGCUAGACAUCAGAGAAAAUGGGAUAAACUUUGAUUGUAUCAAAACUUUGCUUAAAUUGAUUAAGAGAGGAGGGAUAUCGGCUUUAGACUUACCUGAAGAACUCAAAAUGGAAUUUGCAACAGCUAUUUUAGAAGCCUUACAUAGUGUUCCAAAUGAGAUUGCUGUACUCAGCAUGAAAAAGGCAGUAUUGAGCAAAACAAGCAUUACUUGUUUAAGUACAAUGCUGCAUGAUAAGAAAAUUACAAAGUAUCUUAACUUGGCUGGAUGUCAUGGUCAACAUCAUCUGCUACUCAAGCACGACUUGGAACAAUUAAAGGAAGAAGCUUCUAAACAGGUUUGA